AUGCGACUUCUAGAUAGGAAACCCAAUUCUAAUGAGAAAGAAACUGGAUCUACAAUCUCCAGAGAUGAUUUAAUGGAUAACAAGGAUUAUUUGUUGGUUGAUCUACCUACCCGUGAAACACUUGUCGAGUUCACCGAGGACUCUGAAGCAAACCCAAACAAUUGGCCUCUUUCCAAAAAAAUUUACAAUGGAGUUAUUGCACUUAUCGUUGUGCUCAAUAGUGGAAUAUCCUCCUCUCUGCCUAGCAAUGCAGUCCCCGCUAUCAUGCAGGAUUUCAAUCUAUCGGGCGGCGGGCAAAAGGUUCUACCAACAGCCAUUUUUCUGAUUGGUUACUGUAUCGGGCCUCUCAUUUUUAGUCCUCUUAGUGAGACUAUCGGACGGAAGCCCGUUAUUUUUUGGACUUUCACUGUCUUUUGGCUCGGCACAUUGGGUUGUGCUCUAGCGCCAAAUUGGACCUCGCUUUUGAUCUUUCGAGUCAUCUGUGGAACUAUGGCUGCUGCCCCUCAGACUGUUGUCGGGGGUCUUUAUGCAGACAUGUUUUCUGAUCUGCGAGCUCGUGGUCGAGCGAUGGCGAUGUAUAUGUCGGCAACUAGCUUCGGACCCAUCAUUGGUCCUAUCAUAUCCGGAUGCUCAGUUCAGUACGGUUGGCGCUGGACAUUUCGAAUCGACUUGAUCCUUAGUGGGUUAACCUGGAUAGGAUUGCUCUUUCUAUCGGAAACAUUCUCUCCUGCUUUGCUCAAGAAACAUUCCAGGAAGUUGAGAAAGGAGACUGGAUCUCACCGGUAUAUUGCUCCGCAAGAGUUGAAGUCCGAUACGGCUUUUACCCUCACCCAAACAUUCACCCGUCCUCUCACAAUGCUCGUGUUCGAGCCUAUCGUGCUUUUCACCGGUAUCUUCAUUUCGCUUGCCUGGAGCAUGGUAUUCUUCUAUUUCCAGGCAUACCCCAUAAUUUUCCAGCAGACUUACCACUUCGAUGUUGCGAAAACAUCUCUUACAUACAUUCCAAUGGGAAUUGGCGCCGCAUCGUCCUGUCUAUUCGCCCUCUUCUACGACGCCUUUUAUGAAAAAGCAAAAAAGUCCGGAAAGCGCUGGGCGUCUAGUCCCGAAUAUCAUCGACUUCCCACUUCUUGUGUCGCCGGCCCCUGCCUCACGAUCAGUCUAUUCUGGCUGGCCUGGUCGGCAAAAUCCUCCGUUCAUUGGAUUGUCCCCGUACUCUCGGGAUUCGUCUUCGGGUUCGGAUACCAAAGCAUUUUCAUCUCGCUUCUCACCUACGUUACCGAUGCAUACCGUAUCUACUCUGCCAGUGCAUUGGCUUCUUCAAUGAUUCUGCGGAGUAUUGCCGGUGCUCUAUUUCCUCUCGCUGCGGAUCCGCUUUACGCAAAGCUCGGAGUGGCAUGGGGAACAUCGGUUCUUGGAUUCGCUAGCUUAGGCUGUAUCCCUAUCCCGUUCGCUUUGCUCUAUUUUGGGCCUUGGAUUCGAAAGCAAAGUGCUUUCUGUCAACGCCUUUUGGAAGAAGAUAUGCUCAAGUCCGGUGGGGCCAGAACGCCACAAGAAGCAUAA